GGGCGGGGCCGCUGACGGAGUGAAGCGGCGGCACCACAGCUCCUGCCCGGGCCUGGCCGGUGGGCGGCAGCGGGCCCGAGCGCCCCGGGGCGCGGCCCGACGGCAUGAAGGACCUGGACGCCAUCAAGCUCUUCGUGGGCCAGAUCCCGCGCCACUUGCACGAACAGGACCUCAAGCCGCUAUUUGAGCAGUUCGGCCGCAUCUACGAGCUGACGGUGCUCAAGGACCCGCACACCGGCGUGCACAAAGGCUGUGCCUUCCUCACAUACUGCGCCAGGGACUCUGCUAUCAAAGCUCAGACAGCCUUGCACGAGCAGAAGACCCUGCCAGGGAUGGCGCGGCCGAUCCAGGUGAAGCCGGCAGACAGUGAGAACCGCGGAGGUAGGGACCGGAAGCUGUUCGUGGGCAUGCUCAACAAGCAGCAGUCGGAGGAAGACGUGCUCAGGCUCUUCCAGCCCUUUGGCGUCAUAGAUGAGUGCACAGUGCUUCGAGGACCAGAUGGCAGCAGCAAAGGCUGUGCCUUCGUGAAGUUUUCUUCCCACACAGAGGCCCAGGCUGCCAUACAUGCCUUGCAUGGCAGCCAGACUAUGCCGGGAGCAUCCUCCAGCCUGGUGGUCAAGUUUGCCGACACGGAUAAAGAGCGGACACUGCGGCGUAUGCAGCAGAUGGUUGGCCAGCUGGGCAUCCUGACGCCAUCCCUCACCCUGCCCUUCAGCCCCUACAGUGCCUACGCCCAGGCUCUCAUGCAGCAACAGACAACAGUGUUGUCCACCUCCGGCAGCUACCUGAGCCCCGGUGUGGCCUUCCCUCCCUGCCACAUUCAGCAGAUUGGUGCCGUCAGCCUUAACGGUCUGCCUGCCACGCCCAUCGCUCCUGCCUCUGGGCUACACUCACCCCCACUGCUAGGCACUGCUGCUGUUCCUGGCCUGAUGGCGCCCAUUCCUAAUGGCUUCCCCGGCGUCCUGCCCUUUCCCGGGAGUCACCCUGCCCUGGAGACUGUGUAUGCCAAUGGCCUUGUGCCCUACCCAGCUCAGAGCCCCACUGUGGCAGAGACGCUCCAUCCUGCCUUCUCGGGAGUCCAGCAGUACACAGCCAUGUAUCCCACCGCGGCCAUCGCGCCCGUGGCACACAGCGUUCCGCAGCCUCCGCACCUCCUGCAGCAGCAGCGCGAAGGAGUUUGGAGACACGGAGCUGACCCAGAUGUUCCUCCCCUUCGGCAAUAUCAUCUCCUCCAAGGUGUUUAUGGAUCGGGCUACCAACCAGAGCAAGUGUUUCGGAUUCGUGAGCUUUGACCACCCAGCCAGCGCGCAGGCGGCCAUCCAGGCCAUGAACGGCUUUCAGAUUGGUAUGAAGAGGCUGAAGGUGCAGCUGAAGAGACCCAAAGACCCAGGACACCCGUACUGACCACGCCCACAGCCCUUCAGUGCUGUGGGUGUGGCCCCAGGUGAGCCGCCAGGCGGCCCUGUGCUCUGCCCAGCCCUGGUGUCAUUCACUCUCCUCCCAUCCCAAGCUCACUCUCCAAAUUCUGGGGGAGGGGAGUGGCACUCCAAGAGGCCCACUGGGGAUUCAAACCCUCCCCCAUUACCUUGUGGCUUGGGUAGCAGAGAGGGUGGGAUUAGGGUGGGGAAACCGGAGAGAAAGCUAGGAGGUUCCACCCAGGGGACUUCCUUCCCAGGGAAAGUUUUGAAGAAUGAAUAGAAGUUCACUACAGUGAACUUCUGGUUUGGGGCUUGUGGUCUGGGGUGAAGGAUGUGAUGGGCGGGGCUUCUAUCCCAUCCUGUGAAGCUUCAAGCAGAGAAGCCCUAAUCCAGAGAAAGGAUCUGUGUCCUGCAGUUGAACUUGGAAUGCCUAGUUAAGCUUGGCCCAGGACUGAAGCAGAGGAAAUAGGGACACAUCAUAGCCUUGUGGUCCCCCACCUCUGUCCCCACCAGCUCCCGUGGACCCUGUCUUCUAAUUUCAUGCCCAGUGGGUUAACAAAACCCAGAGUGUCGCUUACACUCUCACAAAACAACACAAAACCAAAUACCCAAACAAACAAGCAAAAAACCCCAAAAGUCGAUUUCCCCUUCAACAGUCUCAGCAUUUCUUUGGGACUGAACUGAUUUUAAAAGGUGGAACCAACUGCACAAUGACUUCAUGGAGGUGACAGCUCGGCUACCCAGCAGCAGCAGCCUACAGAGCACCCAGGAAUACUUUUUCUUUAGGUUGUUUUUUUUUUCUUUCACCGCCCAGCCCAGGGCCUGGUAGAGAUCGACAGUCUUUAAUCCUUCAAUGUUUUUUGUCCGUUAUCUGGGUCUUUUGGGCUUUAUAUAUUUUGGCUUUGAUUAGGAAACCCACAAAUCAGGUAGAAACCCCCAGACGGCUGCCAUAUUUCCAGUUUUAACCCAGUGUCCUGCUGACCAUCUGCUCUGGCCUGGGGAUGGAGGUUCCAUGUCAGGAGCAAAUGUCCCCAGACUGAUGGUGACUGUCAGGAACUGUUGUUUUGAAAACACUGGGGUUUUCUUGCCUGGACAGAGCGGGGCAGGGUGUUCUGUGCCCCUCCCCCCCUCCGCUCUACUCCUCCCCAGUGUCCCCAUCCUCCCCAGGUUGAGUGGUUUAGCUUCCAACCACUCCAGGACUUUUAUGUAAAUUACAGCCAAGUUUGGACACCAGCUCUCCCAGUGACCCCCUUCCUCCACUUGUCCCGUACUCACGGCCCCCCAAAUCCCGGAGCCACCGAAAGUCACUUGAGGUACAGAAGGCUCCGUGGUGUGUCGUGGGACAGGGAACAGGAGUCCAAGCCUGGGUCUGAGGGGCCCAUACACUGCCAAUCACCCGCCCCUCGGCUUGGGGACACCCCCACCUGACUCGGAGGCUUUCCAGGUCAGCCAGUAUCCCCCUUAGCCAGGAUCUCCCCUCCACUUCCUAUUCCCCGUAGCUGCGCAUAGACGUGCGCACACCAUAGACAAUAUAUUUUUGGAGAAUGAACCACAGCGGCCAAACUCCGUCCAAGUAGGUGGCACUGAGCCGGCCAAUCAUCGGGGACCAAGGACAGACCAGCUGAGGCCGGCUGGAUGCCAAACCAGGACCCCGUCAACACCAUAUACCUCCAGUUUUUGGGGUCUCCACGGUUGCCGCCCCCACCCUGCCCCUCCCGCUUUCAUAGCCUUACUUGGGUGACCAGGUGUCCUUAGCUUCCUGCCAGGGAAGCCUCCUGUCCCCCACUGCCCAACCAGAUCGCACCCCUACCCCAGCCCUUCCUCCAAUCACCAGCUGUAAACUGAAAGUCUUGUACCUGAGGUCACCGUGAGUCAGACGUGGCCACACCGGACCCGGUUGCUGACCCCGCGGAUUCCUCUCUCCUCUCUUCUCUCUCCUCUCUUCUCUCUCUUCUCUCUCCCCUCCCUCUCUCCUCUCUCAUCUAUCUAUCUAUCUAUCUAUCUAUCUAUCUAUCUAUCUAUCUAUCUAUCUACCUACCUACCUACCUAUCUAUCAUGUUGGUGGUCUUUUUUCUGAGUGAGUGCCAACAAGACCACAGAGAAGAGCACGCAGGGGCGCGGGGACUCACUGAUAAUCCGCUUUUGAUUCCUAGUUGGAGGUUUGGGAAGACUUUGGUGGGGGAGCCACCCCUUGUAUAUUUUACCCAGCCUGCCCACACACCCACCCACCACAAAGCACAGAGUCGUUAAUUUGGACAUCCCACCAAGAGGGGGUGAGGGGGUGGGGGUGGGGUCUGAAUCCCUUCUGACAUGUCCAAAAGCAAAAGAGACAACGUUUUUUAAGGUUUAAAAAAGAAGAUGUAAAGAAAAAAAUUCCCUUUUCGUUUCUACCAAAAUGUUUGUUGACUGACCUAAAUUGGGGGUGGGGGGAGCGAACAAAAAAACUACCCUGAUUCUGCCCACCUUGUUUCGCGUUUCCGGUUCGAUGAUCCCUUGUUCUGAACGUAACACAGUUAAGACUGUGUUAUGAAGUGUGCGAACGUGUGUGUCCGGGAUGUCGCUGUGUUUUCCCCCCACCUCUGCCCCAUGCAGGUUGCCCGCUGAGUGCGUGCUGGCGUGCGCUGGCGUGCGCACCGUCUAGUUCAUGUUUACGAGCUGUAAAUACCAUUUUUAUACUCCACAUGAGAGACCCUAUGUGAUUUGUACAACGGGCUUAAUUUCUGCUACAAUGAAUUUCGUGAAAUUUCAAACUUCAAACAAUUUUGGAGAGGAGCAGAGAGAGAAGGCCAAAGGUGGAGAGGGAAUGUGGGGUUUGAGUACCCGUGCCUCCUGUUUGUGUGCGAAGGAGCGAGCUUCUCAACGUCAAAUCACCUCUCCUUGGUCUGGAAAAGAAAAACGAAAAACAAAAACCUAAAAGUUUAUUUAAUAAAAGUUUUACUUGUUAACAGGGAUUAUCUGUCACCUUGUUUUC